AUGUCGAAUCCAUCCGGAGUAACGAUCCAAGACCAGUGCAUCGCCGCAUACAACCAACUCCGCGCAGGCAGAGGAACCCCCAAACCAAAGUUCAUCAUUUACAAAAUCUCCGACGAUACCACAACUAUUAUAUUAGAGGAAUCAUCCCCAGAGACAGACUACGAAGUCUUCCUCGAGAAACUUUCUUCUGCAGUUGACAAAGAUGGAAAUCCGGCUCCGCGGUAUGCUGUGUACGACGUGGAGUAUGAUCUUGGGAGUGAAGGCAAACGGUCUAAGACUGUCUUCAUCCAUUGGGGACCAUCUCAUGCUCCGAUCAAGCUUUGUAUGCUUUAUGCCUGCAGCAAAGAACAACUAAAGAAAUCCCUUGACGUCAGCAUCUCCAUCCAUGCAGAUAGUCCGGAUGAGCUCGAGUGGAAGCAUGUAUUGAAGGAGGCGAGUGGGGGUAAGGCAUAG